GCCCCUUUCGGUCACAUGACGUGCUGGCUCCGGGCCGCAGUCGCUGACAGCUCGUUGCUUCGCCGCUGGAAGACGAGACUCCGUUUCUGCUUCACCAUGAAGCUGCAGUGGUUCGCCGCGGUUCUGUGUCUCGGGGCGCGUGCCAUGGCGGGAAAGUAUUCCCGGGAGGUGAACGAGCCCAGGCCGGGCGGUGCGGAUGAUGAGCAGACGGUGGAGUUCAGGAUAGCGAAGCUGAACCAGGUGUGGGAGAAGGCGAAGCGGAUGCAGAUGCCGCCGGUCCGGCAGGCCGAGCUGCACAGCGACCUGAAGAUCCAGGAGAAGGACGAGCUUCAGUGGAAGAAGCUGAAGGUGGAAGGGCUGGAUGAAAGCGGGGAGAAGGAGGCUCAGCUCAGGCGCAACUUCCACGUGAUCCUCGCCAAGUACGGCAUGGAUGGGAAGAGGGACACGCGGCCGCUGGAGAGCAACUCUCUGAAGGACCACGAGCCCAAAGACGGAGACACUUUUGAGGAUCCGCGCCUGGACAAACUCUGGAACAAGGCCAGGAACUCUGCAAAAUUUUCUGACGAGGAGCUGGCGAACCUGAGGAGAGAGUUCCAGCACCACAGGGAGAAGAUCCAGGAGUACAACCUCCUGAUGGACACGGUCAGCAGGACUGAGGAAACGCACAAGAACGUGAUCGCCCCCCUGGAGGGCGACGCCAAGGAGCACGUGCUGCAGCAGAAGCACACGGAGCUGAAGCAGAAGAUGAGGGACCUGAACCACGGCUUCGAGCGUCUCCGCGAAAUCAGCCACAAGGGCUUCAGCGAAGACAGCGAGUUUCGGGAGCCUCGUGUGAUUGAACUGUGGGAGGCCGCCAAGAGAGCCAACCUGAGCAGAGACGAGCUGGACUCUCUGAAGGAGGAGCUGCACCACUUUGAGACGAAGGUGGAGAAGCACAGCCACUACAAGGAGCAGCUGGAGCUGUCGCACCAGAAGCUGCAACACGUGGAGGCUUUAGGGGACAGAGAGCACCUCAGGAGAACCCAGGAGAAGUACAACACGCUCUCCGAGAAGACGCGGGAGAUGGGCUACAAGAUGAAGAAGCACAUGCAGGACCUGUCCAACAAGAUCUCUCGUCAGGGUCUGCAGCACAACGAGCUCUGAUGGGCUCACCGGUUCUGGAGCAGAGCCCAGUGGGUACGACCGUCACGUUCAAAGAAAAUGAUGGUAAAAUAAUCCGGUUUUUAUGGACGAUUUUCUACUUUUGUAGUGAGCGUAGGCAUCCGCAAAUAAUCUGUACUGGAAAUCUUGUAAAUCCUUGUUUCAGGUUUGGUGAUUUUGUCGUUUUGUAUUUUUGUUUGAAGCAUUUUAGUUUGAUUUUUGCACAAACCAGCAGUUUAGUUUGGACACAGAUGGAGGGCUGCUGCGCCCCCCCCCCCCCCCCCCCCUGUUGAAACGGCGCCGUGGUUCUUCCCGGGCGGUCCGCCGAUCAUUGUGAAAAUAAUUGUGAGAUCAGGGAAGGCCGGCGGCUUUGCCCAACCGAUCCCCUGAGGCUUUAUUUUCCUGAUGAAUGUGACUUUGAUACGGAGGAAAUUGAAACCUUUAUUGUUCAGAAACAUUAACAAAACGACGACACACGCUAUAAAACGUGUCACUGUCUGGUCUGAAUAAAAACAUUUCUUAUUUACAGCCCGA